AUGGUCUAUGUAGUGGUGAAGCUGCAACAAGCCAUUGCUGCUUACGAUACAAGUGGCACAGAUGACACUUCCAUAAGCGUGAACAUUAUUCCAGUUAUUGCAAAGGCAGACACUGUUGCCAAAAAUGAGCUUCAUAAAUUCAAAAUCAAAAUAAUGGGUGAACUGGUUAGCAAUGGGGUACAGAUCUAUCAAUUUCCAAUUGAUGAUGAUACAGUAGCAAAAAUUAAUUCAACUAUGAACGGCCAUCUACCGUUUGCUGUAAUUGGAAGUACAGAAGAAGUCAAAGUUGGGAACAAAAUGGUUAAAGCUCGACAGUAUCCAUGGGGAGUUGUACAAGUUGAAAAUGAGAACCACAGUGACUUUGUGAAAUUGCGAGAGAUGCUUGUCUGUGUCAACAUGGAAGACUUGAGAGAGCAGACGCACACUCGGCAUUAUGAGCUGUAUCGGCGCUGCAAAUUAGAAGAGAUGGGAUUCAAAGAUACAGAUCCAAAUAACAAGCCAGUCAGCCUUCAAGAAACGUAUGAAGCUAAGAGGAAUGAGUUUCUUGGUGAACUUCAGAGGAAGGAAGAAGAAAUGAGGCAAAUGUUUGUGAUGCGAGUCAAAGAAAAAGAGUCUGAGUUAAAGGAGGCAGAAAGAGAGUUGCAAGAUAAAUUUGAACACUUAAAGAAAAUGCACCAGGAAGAGAGAAAGAAAUUGGAUGAAAAGAAAAGUGUCUUGGAUGAAGAGAUGAGUGUAUUCAAUAAGAGGAAAGCUGCGACUGAAUUGCUUCAAGGUCAGGCAUUCCAGACUGCACCACAAAUGAAUCUCAAGAAAGACAAGGAUCGCAAAAACUAUUAAAUUUUUGAUUUGCUGCAUUGUGCUCCAACUUGCUCAAUACGAUUAGCCUUCAUGUAUUGAACUGUUUGAGAGCAUCACGUCUGAGUGCAGUUGAUCGCUUUUGUCCUACUACCUGCUGCCAUUUCCCUCUGAAUUGCUUGAAUGGAUGAAAACAGUGCAUUAGCCCAUGUAUGAAUCAUCCAGUUGGUGCCAAAUGCACUGCCUACAUAGCUGUAUAAUAAGCCAUAUAUUUAAACAGCAAGGGUGCUAAUCCUGGUUGUUGACACAAGACUUUGCCUAAUUAUUAAGUGUCUCUAUCAGGGAAAUUUUGUAUUUAUCACUUGAUUUCAGUUAUAUAUCUCUCUCUGCUUUUGGUUAAUGUGCCUGAAAAUUACUAAAUACUGGAGUCUUUUUUAAUUAUUGAAUAUAUUGAAGAACUUUUUUAUAAUUUGCUUUUCUUCUCUUUUUGAAGAUUGACUUUAAACCUUGUAAUUGAAUUAAACUGGUACUAUUCCAAAUUUCCUAUGCCCUAGAAGGGAGGAACAUUUUGACACUUAAAUAUACUUGAGCAUGCACAAUCAAGUAAUGCUUCUAUGCCAAAUGUAUAAAUGCACAUGUGGCACUUCAGUAGGUCAGAGGAAGUCUUCAGUUUUGUCAGGUUUCUGCAGGACUAAUUCAAUGUUACCAGGUGAUAGUAUAAAAAGACAAUUGUUUACCAUCUAAAUGCUAGAUAGGGUUACCUCAUAGGAGUAAAUUUGUGGAGCAUAUACUUUUCUAAAAUUUUCAAACCAAUCUUGCCUAUUGUUUUGCCAGCAGUGAUGUUGGAACUUACUGUGCUACUACUAAUUGGUCAAAUCUUGAAAUUAUUUAUGUGAAACGGAUUUGAAAUUUCAAAUCCAACUGGCAGAUAACCACUGGCCAAAUGGAUGAAUAUGAAAGAGCUCGUGUGCCCAGCACUAUUGCAUAUUCUAUAAGUUUAAAUAAAAACAUUAUGGUGAAAUGCUUCAGAUGGAUUGAAUUUUAACAUAGGAAGUUUGUAUUAAUAUUACAUUAAGUGUAUUUAUCAUUUGUAGUUGAAAUUUUGGACAAUAAUGGUUAAAGCUUAAGAUUUCUUUGGUAGUUGUAUAAGAAAUAUAUUACAUAAUACAAUUGCAACUACAUAAUCUUUGUUGCAUUUUAGAGAUCUUUGCAUUUCUGAUUUAUAACCUAGCUGUAAUACCAUAUAGCAAUCUGAAGUUGUGACAAAAUAUUGACGUAGUUGUAGGUUGCUUGCAGGUUUUUCUUUAAGAACAACAGUCCAUAAUCAGUUGUUUCUUCUAAGCACAGCUCUCAAUUUCUCUCACCGUAGUGCCAUUCAGUAUUGCUGUAAAAGUGCAAUGCAUGCAUUGGUUUUUGGGCCUACAGUUGUCUCUUUGUAUUCAAAUCAAGUAAAACUGUCUUUUCUACCCUUUAUAGGAGAUGUUUGGUUUGCGAACAUCUUUCUCCAAACACACGUCCUGGAUGAAACCAUGUUCUCUUGAUUGUUGUUGGCUAUGCUUCAUGUACUUUAGAGAAUCUUACACAAAAAAACUUUGAUUUAAGCCUUUUGUUUCAUCAGUCAUGUAACUUUAAUUAUUAAACUUUUUUUCAUUGAA